AUGGCAAACAAAGCUCUCGUCCUUCUGGCCGUGCUCUUCUGCGCCCAGGCCGUUCUCGGCGUGACUAUCAUCUCCAAAUCGGAGUGGGGUGCCCGCUCGCCCACCAGCAAGUCCACGCUGGCCAGCUCCCUGAGCUACGCCGUUAUCCACCACACCGCCGGCAACUACUGCUCCACCAAGGCCGCCUGCAUCACCCAACUGAAGAACAUCCAGAACUACCACAUGGACUCCCUGGGCUGGUCUGACAUCGGCUACAACUUCCUGAUCGGCGGUGAUGGCAACGUGUACGAGGGUCGCGGCUGGAACGUGAUGGGUGCCCACGCCACCAACUGGAACUCCAAGUCCAUCGGCAUCUCCUUCCUGGGCAACUACAACACCAACACUCUCACCUCUGCCCAGAUCACCGCCGCCAAGAGUCUGCUCUCCGCCGCCGUCUCCCGCGGCCAGAUCGUCUCCGGCUACACCCUGUACGGACAUCGCCAGGUGGGCUCCACCGAGUGCCCCGGCACCAACAUCUGGAACGAGAUCCGCACCUGGUCCAACUGGAAGGCCUAAGGCAUUUAUAAAAAUAUAUAAAAUAUCAUUCAAAUAAAAGCUUGAGCAUACAAUCGCACACAUCAA